AUGUCUGAUACUCUCACCACAAACUCGGUUACUAACCAAAGCCCAACUCAAACAAUACCUAUCCCCGAGGCUGGGUGUACCUUUGCAACUCGUGAUGAAGCUGCUGCGUAUCUUAAAGAACAUGCUCAUCAAAAUUACUACGCUGUCACAACAUCCGACACCAGACCAUCAUUCAUCACACUCAAAUGCUACCUCGGUCCCAAUCGAUACCAGAAGAAGCUUCUGUCUGACGCUAUCAAAGCCCAGUCACCCAAUCUACCCGAAAUUCCGACUUGCCCAUUUGAAGUAACUGCAAGACGUAAUAUAAAGACUCGUCGGUUUGUAAUCGAAAUUGGGAAUCCCGAGCAUGAUCACGAACCUUCCGAGGAGCACAUUCCUAUCGAAGCUCACUCCCGUCAAAGAAAGCCACCUGCCAGUGCUGAGACGUCUUCCAGCACUCAACCUCAUUCUCAACCACCAACCCAUCUCAAUAUGGUGAUUCCAAAUAUCGAAUCACUUUCAAACACUCCAUCAUCUUCUCAAUCAUCCAAUCCUUACAUACAACAUCAAUACACAUCACUAUUUACACGAAUGCAAGCCCUGCCAAAUCACUCUCAGACCUGCCUCCUCGCCCGUUUUAUGUCAGAGCUUCAGCUUGCUGAAGCUCUCACUAACACUACAUCUCAGAUCAUUUCCCAGCAAGUUACUAUCCAUCCUAACAACACUACAUUAAAUGAAAAUCGCAAAGCUGAACUUACAUCAACUGAAACACAUGAAGCUGAAGCUGACAUUCAAAAGGAAGAAGUUGAUGACAAAGAAGAUGUUGUUAAUGAAGGAGUUGAUACCAAUCAUCAAAUCCCCACUGAAGAUGUACAAUGUUCAAAAGGAAAAGAAAAGGCAAUCCAACACACGACGACCCCCCAGUCCUCACCACUAUCCAAGAUAUCUGAUGAAGAAUCUUCAAAUAACCACGUAAUGACUCAGCUAAAGCACCAUCCUCGACCUAGAUCAGAUUCUCCGGCUUCUCAUUCUCCUCUCACCCAAUCUGUCAAACAUCCAGAAGAGAGUCCAAAUACUUCAGCAAAAGUCAUCAAGCAUGUCACCAAACCUCCUCAAGCACCCCCUCAAUCAACAUCAGCUGAGUCUAUCAGCCCAAGAGUUACUCGAAAGGCUUCCAAAAUGCAGGCUGAUGCUGAAGCUGAAAAUGAUGAACACAAAAGAAAGCGCACCCGUACCCAAAAACAGUCUGUCACAGUGUUGGUGAAACCCAAAAAGGAAAGACCCCCUUCAAAAUCAUCACGACACCCUGUCCUUCAGGCACGCAGCCAAUGUUCCCCCUAG